CUUCGUUGCCAGGGGAACGGGGCUCAGCAUCACUAAUCCGAGCGCGUUCUAAGAGGCGGCUGCCCUCCCUGCUCGCUCCUGAAUCCCUCGCCUGCGGGUGCGAUGCGGACAGGCCCCCUGACACCUUCGGAGGGAUUUCUCCCCGCUCUUUCCCCAGCCCACUUUCGACCGGCCCAGCUCUGCCUGGGCACGUAGGAACCAGAGGCUUCUGCCUGGUGUGUCACUGAGAAUAGAGUCCCGCAGACGAGAGGGAGCUGGGCAAGGAGGAGCUGCUCCAGCGGCAGCGGCGGCAGCAGCAGCAGCAGCAGCAGGAAUUCCCGCUCCCGGAGCGAGAGAUCCUUGCAAGUGGGGUGCAAGGGGCACUUCUGGGUCAGCCCCCCAGGAAGGGGAAGGGGGGGCAGAGAGAGGAUGAGCAGCCACCUGGAGCUGGAGGAGAGGCUCAGGGAAGCUGCUGCACUAGGCGACCUAGAGGAGGUGCAGACGCUGCUCGACAAGGGGGUGGAGGUGAAUGCCCAGAAUGAGAUCAAUGGCUGGUAAGGCGCCUCUGCUUUUCUCUCCUCCCUCAGCCCCUCCGCGCUGUGCUCCUCAUUCCCGUGGUUAGCAGUAGGGCAGCAGUCCUCGUCGCUAAUACACUUCCUUCCACCCCUUUCGAGGCUAUAUAUGGUGAGGCAACCGCCAGCAACACGUUGCACGCAAAUGCAACUUCAGCGAAUGUGUACCCUCUGUGCCCGUGUCCAAGAGCAUCUUCCCCCCCUGUGUGUUCCCGUGCCCCCCCCCGGCUCUGAAAUGCGUGUUUACUGGGAGUUCAUCUUAAAGGCAAGUUACAGAAACGCUCCCCACGGGGGUGGGGGUGGGCAAAAUCUCACCAGCAUCUGACAAGAAUAGAUGGGUCAGAUGUCAGUGCUUCAUCCUGAUUAGUGGGCUGCCUGGUUAUGAAAUUCUAAGCAGAAAUUCCUUUCAGGCUUUGGUUCUAGAGACUCCUGGAAAAAUAGAGCCAAUAUGAACAAAUCACACAUUUGCCAGCCAUCAGUCACAAACCUUUCCUAAUAACAUCCAGGUGUGUGUGUGUGUGUGUGUGUGUGUGUGUGUGUGUGUUCCUGUUCAAGCGGCUUUAGCCCUACAAGGCAGGUCAGGAUCACCGUUUUCCCAUAAUUGCAGACAUUUAAUAAUAUUUAUUAUUUAUAGCGAACCUAUGACUAAGUGCUGCUCAAAAUGAGAUAAACGUUGUUGGGGUUGAGAUUUGGAGACUCCCGAGCUCUCACUCUGAGAGCCAGCCUUCAGUUUACUGAGGAGAACUGUGAUGAAUCUUCCAGCACGUUGAUUUUCACUUCUAGGAUGAGCCAUUGUGAUUGAAAGGGAGGAGUUAAUUUGAUCAGAGCAGCAGUGCUAGUCCCCUAAAGGACAAGGGGUUUAUUAGCUUGGGGAAUUGGUGUGAGGGGAGAGGUUCAAGUAAAACUCUUGCCCAGUGCCACUGUUCUGAUCCAGACACACAUGCACUUGAAUUAUUAGUCGAAAAUCCCCUGCAUAACAUGUAGUUGUGCAGUUUGGCUCUUAGCCAUUGUGUUAUUCAGGUCACAGAGAACAGAAAGCAGAUGACAAAAUCCCGUGUUCUCCCCAAAGGAUCAAGCACAGCUUCUAUUAUUUUCUAAUGCAAAUUCUUGUAUGGGAGAAUUCUUACAGGCUUUGAGCAAAUGGGAACCCCUGUUGCAUAGGAAUGAGUCUGUGGACGCCCUUGUAGGGAGAGUGCCUGUACUGUUCCCAUGAAAACUCCCCAAAUCUGAACACAUCACUAAUGUUCUCAGAAAACCUUGCACAUGAAGAAGCUUUACACAAGAGACAGCACUGGGCUAUACAGCCCCAGUAUGUCUAAUCUGUGGUUCUCCAGACGUUGCUGGACUACAGCUCCUGCUGUCCCUGCCUUUUGGCCCUGCUGGCUGGGAUUGAUGAGAGUUACAGACCCACAAUAUACAAAGAGCUACCACUGGAUCUAGUCCAAUAUUGUCUAGAGAGCCACUGCCAGUUGGAAUAGAGUCUUAGACACCUCUGCCUAAGCAAAGAAUUGAACAGAACAGACACAGUACAUAGUUAAACGUAGUAGAAUUUGCUGCUGCAGAAUGUAGUGAUGAUUGCCAACUUGGAUGACUUCAAAAGGGGGUGAGACAAAUUCAUGGAGGAUAAAGCUAUCAGAUACUAGUCAUGAUGGCUCUGUACUGUCUCCAGUACUGAAGGCAGUAUGAACGCCAUUGCUGAGGAACACAAAUGGGAAAAGUGCUGUUAUGCUCAUGUGGGCUUCUCAUAGGUUUCUGUCCCGCCAGUCUGGGAACAGGAUGUCGGACUAGGUGGGCUUUUGGUCUGAAACUGUUACCGGAAAAAUCCGAGGGCUCCCUUGGACAAAAUAAAGACACCAACCAGGAUAACUUGGAGCAAAACAGCAGCCUGUAGGCUUGGCCUUUAUUGAACUGUUGCAACAGGGUGUUCCCCUCACUUGCGGAGAGGAAAGACCCAGAAAGAUGGUGUGCAAGACCUUAUAAAAACUUUUGAAAUUCCCAUCCUCUAGGUCAAGCCCACCCCAAGAAACAUCAUGCAUACAUUACAGAAAGGAGGGGUUGAGGGAGGAGUUGUGGUGGUAACCUGAGUGUCCUGUCACCUGGCUGGUUCCUCCUUUCCCCCUCCCCAUGAGUCACUUCCAGGAGACAAAGGGGAGUUGGCAGUUUCCUGCCCCCAGAGGAAGAUCUGAUCAUUGUCCUUUGUUUCAGUCCAUGCUGAAUCCACUCCCAUAUGCAAGUUCUUUGUGAUCUUGAUGGUCUUCUGUCUAGGACCAUCAGGGUUGGCAUAGCAACUGGGCAGGGCUCCUGUGGAUGUGCUGGGAUGGUGAAGGGAUUAUGGCUGACCAGAACCAAGCCACCCCCCUUUGAUAGUCCUUGUCAUAUGGAGUAAAAUAAAAAUGGAACAGUGCAAAUCCGAUGUAUGGUUGAUUUUUCUAUGAAUUUAUAACAGAAGUGUGGCAUAUGUAGUGUGUGAGUGUGAGUGUGUGAAGUUUGUACAAACUCAAUGAUUGGGGUGGGGGGUUCCUGCUACAUUCAGCAGGGCUCUUCUGUUCCUGUGAACUUGAGACUUUCUGCAUGCAAAGUAUACCAUUUACCCCUGAGCUACAGUUCCUCUCUUAUUAAAUCACAUCCAGUGAGCACCAGGAUUUAUGUGACGUGUGUCUUCAUGAUUACCUCUAUAUGAUUGUGUGAGUGUAAGCAGAGGCAGCUUAAAAGUGUGUGGUUUCAGAUUUUUCAAUCUGUGUGAUUGAAAGCAGUAGCUUUUUACAGUAAUUUGGUCAUUGAAGUAGUUUGCAUGCCUUUGUUUUGCUCUCUGAAUCCUAUACUGUUGCCAUGAGUGGGUCUUAAAAUUGCAUUAAAAUUGCAAUUGGGUCCUUCAGUGCAUUCAUAUUCAGGGCUUGUGGUCUGGCAACAUAUUAGUCUUAUAAUUAUGACCGUCACUGCAAUAUUAGAAUUGUGAAUAUGGCUUAGAAAAUGCCCUUCCGAUGCAGUUAAUUGGUGCUGUACAAUUCAUUUGCUUUAUAAGUUUAGUAAGAUCAUUGUCAAGUUGGCAGGCAGCAGUCUUCCUGCCCCCUCCCUCCCAAUGUUCAGCUCAGGACUGGAGAUUGUACUGCUGCAGUAACACCCAGGCAUGAGAUGGUAGCAUAUAGUACAUAUGGCUAAUAUUUGUUCCACUACAAAGGGAGAGAACGUGUGUGUGAUAUUUAGCAGAGCCCGAUAGGGGCAGAGUGCGAGGUGUGUUCCUCUCCUGGCUUCCCAACAUGGUGAUCACUACCAGUAACCGAGAAUGAAGGGGCAAAGUGUUGGGAGGGUUGCAUUGGCUCCACUGUUGCACCUGCACAAUGCCAUACACUCCACUGGCUGCUACUGCCUUUAGGCAUGUAGCCUUCUUCUUGGCUGCAAUACUCUUGUGCCUGCUUUAUUGUUUGCAAAGGGUCUUGACAAAAAUGACCCCCAGAGAUACUGGGGUUGAAUUUGAUACUGAAAACAGACAAUACUUUUGGGCCUUGGAAUUUUGAGCAAGUGCCAUGGGUGCAAACCCUUCAGGUUGCUUUUCCUGUGAUGUGCAAAUGAAACCAAUGAAACAAAAGAAGCAUGUAUGUGCAUCAAGGACAACUGUACCUUUAUGAGCAUCAGUUAGCUUAAACAUUAACUGUCAUUUAGCUUAAACAUUAUUCUUUCCCUCUCCAGCUUAUAGUGUUGAAUGCUAGCUCAAUAAGCAAGCUUUGACUGCACAGUUAAAUUGGGCCUGUUGAUUUACAACAGAAAAUAAACCUCAGCCUGGUCACAAAGCUUUCAUUCUUGCAUAGUAGUAACAUAUUAGAUUGGAUUCAGACUAGGUUUUAGUUGAACUUAGGUCCCAUUGUAAUCAAUGGAAGAAAUUGGUCAUGACUUGAAUUAUAUUGAGGUAUGUGGAAAAUAAGUACAACUAACUUUGUCUGGAUCAAUAGACAAGGUUUCAUCUCUGACAAAUUUGAGCAUUUUUUUUAACAGCUCUGAUGGUACACAUCAUGCAGACAUUUAAUGACACAAAACAGUGACUUUCAGAAUAAUAACUUUACAAAUGCUUGCUAACAAAUAUGUUUGACUUUUACAGGACAUGUUUGCACUGGGCUUGCAAGAGGAAUCAUACCCAAGUGGUUUCUUACCUGCUGGAUUCUCGAGCAGAUAAGGAGAUUUUCACAGUUAAUGGAGAGCUGGCAGCACAUUUGACUUCAAAGAAAGAAAUCAGAAAGCUUCUGGGAGGUAUACUCGACAUACUGAAUUUGUCUUUCCAAAAAUAUACUAUGAACUAAUGUAAUGUAUUAGAUGCACUGCAUUUUUCAGACAAGUUAUCUGCCAUCUCUGAUCUUUUCAUCAGUCCCUGAUAAGCUCCCAAGGAAGACAAGACUUCCUAGGAACACAGUGUGAGAACCGCUGCUAUAGUUACAGGCAGAAUAUUGUGUGAGGCUGUUUGUGGGCUAGAGAAACUGAGGCUGCAGUUUUAAUUUUAUUUGUUUUAAGCUUUUAUAGGCCGUUUUCCUAUGAGGCUUAAAGAUGUUAACAACAAUUUUAAUGUCACAGAAAUUAAAACAGCUUUAAAUGUAAAACAGAACUAGUCACAUCAGCUAAAGUCAGGGAACAAAACAAGUUUUUCAUCCUCUGGGAAAUCCCAGCAACAACAAAGACUUGCUCUGUACCUUAGGCAGGGCAUCCCAAAGCCUGAGAGCUAUGGCAGUGAAAGCUUUGCUCCUUACUGCUUGCCUCAUCUAAAACAAAGGUAGAAUUAUGACCAGAGUUUACUGACCUGACUGUAAUUGGGGAGCUGGCUGAUAUAGGAGUUUGGAGUGAUCCCCUUGUCCUUUUUUGGACUUCUUUCUGAGUAACUGUACAUAGGAUCAGAAUAAUUUUAAAAUAAAUUGUUUUGCACAAGCUGUUCAAUUAAAUGAGAGAGCUGUUGUGCCAGUCAGAUUCUGUAAUACUUAGAUUCCAUUCCUUUGGUCAUGGUGGCUUCUAGGAAUUUGGACAGGUGGUCAAGCAGAGUACACUGGGAACCUAAAAAUGUUCCUUCUCCAAUACACUCCAGAAAAGUAUAGCCUCCCAGAACAUCAAAUUAAAGCUGAGUUACAGAUUAAAGAGUGUUUCUUCAGCAAUGCAGCUUUGGCCUGUAUGUGUGCACACAUCUUUUCACUUACCAAUUCCAAUAAGUAAAUAAAAUUUCUGCAGAAUGUUUCUUCCAUGAACCAAAGAUUUGCUAAUCCAACUCUCUGGAUUGAUUCUAUAUUUUUUUGCCAUACUUAAUUCUACUCUGAAAUAAGUUUGCUUUCUUUUAGCUAAAAACUAGCCGUUUAUGAUUUUAAAUAUAUGUAUUUGGCAGAUGUUCUGGGUGGCAUUAGAAUUCUGCUUGCCAUUAUUUAAAAUGGAUUAAAUUAUUAAAAGAUUCUAUUUUUCCUUCCCACCCCGCCCACGUUGAAGUGGAAGAAUGUGACAAUCAAGAAGUGAAUAACUUAAAGCUGUCAAAUGCUGGAGACUCUCCGACAAACCCGUCAUUCCCUUGUGUUGACUAUCAAGAAAAGGACAAUGCCCCUCAUCUCUUAGCACCACCUGAGGACAACAGCACUGCCGUCUCUUAUUUAUCUGAGAGUGAACCUAGCCCUUGUUUAUCAGCCACUCAGCUUGAAAAUACUUGCACACCCAUUUCCUUGCACGCUGAAACUGAACUUUCUGAAGACCUGCACGAAGGGGAGCUUCCUUCUCCCAUCAGCUCAGGAGUAUCAGAAUGCACAAUGCCUCGAGUCCAGAGCUGCCCUGUUUAUCCCUCAUCUACAUCUCACAACAGAGCUCUCUUGACCUCAACUGUACCUAGACAACAUGUACCUCAGCAAGCAAAUGGCUGCUGUAUGGGCACUGCACCACCCUUACAGCCGCUGCUUCUCACAGGAACUUUUUCAUAUAAUAUGCAAGGUACUGAAGAAUAUUUUUCCAUUGUAAUGCUUUUACUGCAUAGCUGGAGACAGUGCAUGUGUCUCCAGUAGACAGUAACUACCUUUAGUGCUUCAUAUCUGCUUUAAGAACCUUUUCUUCUUUUUCUUUCCUUAAAGAGUUGGUAGAGCUUUGUCAAGAUAGGGCAUUUUCUCUUAAAUGCCACAUGACUGGGAUCAGUUUUGUGUCGUCAUGCUUCUGUGUAAUAUGAUCAUAGGUUGUCACAGAUCAGUGUUCACGAGGGAAAUGAACUUUUGAGGAAGUAGUAGUUGUAUCUCAGUUAUUUGGAAAUCUUCCUGGAAUAAUAGCAGAAUUGUUGGUUGGAGUGCAAUGGGUUGAAGGAAACGGUGACAUUGCAAUGAAGGAAAUGGGCAGCUCUUCCAAACUACACAACUGCUACUGAAAAACAUGUGCCCAGACUUCAGAUUGGUGUGCAGGUGUCAAGAAUGAGACUUGCACUGGCUUAAUUGUUGGAAUGUAACAUUUCAAAGCAGUACGUUAAUCUGCUUUUGAUGGUUAACUCUAGCACAUAUAAAAUUAGGAUUGAGGCAUUAUUUAUGAUGUUUCAUUUGUGCCCUGCUCUUCUUCUGAGCCCAGAGCAACUUAUACGUGGAGCCUAUGCCGUCUUCCACCUACUUAGCUUCAACCAUAAAACUAAAUCACGCCUAUCCUCUAUGCAUGAAAAAGCUGAUCAGCUUUCACAUUUAAUUGCUUAAGUGUAGAGAAUCAUUAACUUUAGGGUUUCAUUAAAUCUGCAGAUGCAGAUAUUUUGUUUAAAGUACACUUGGCACUAAUCAGAUGCUGGAAAUAUCAGUGUGAAGACCCAGCAGCCACUACUAAGCAAGAGAAUGAGAUGGGUAAGAAGACAAGGUGGACAGCUGAAGAGCUCAUCUCUUUGUGGCAGUAGCCUGUGAAUCACUUUUCCAUCUUUAGUCCCUUAAUAGCUUUAUACAGCUGUCACAGCCCUCCACUCCACUUGCUUCUUCAUUGUACUCUACACUUACUGAGCUCCUUGAGUAAUUUUAUUGGACCGGGGCUGUUUGUCUGCAGUGCAUGUGUGUGCAUACUGGUAGACUUUUUUGCUACAGUUGCCUGUAGCAACAUUGCCAUAGCUUGUUGUUCUUCGUGUUUGUUCUCUUCUCAACCUUAAACUUCUCAACUUUAUUAUUCAGUCAUUACUUAUGCAUGUAUCUGAGAAUCUGUGGCCACACAACACAGCAGAGUUCAUGACAGAGCCCCACUGCUUUACACUGGGAGUUUGCUGCUACUGACUUACACUGGAUUCUCUUGAGUCUGUGCAAACAAAGAGCAAAUACAAAUGAUAAAGGCUGUGGUCUAGUAAACAUCUGUUAACAUUUGUAGGGUAUAUUUCCAAGGAUAUAUAUUUGGGUUUGUGGCUGUCAUUUCCGUUUCUCUGCAUUUUGGCGAUGAUUUAACUUCAAAAUACUCUUUCCUCUCCACAUAUAGAACUGGUACUUAAAGUAAGAGUUCAGAACCCUAAAGAGAAUGACUUCAUUGAAAUUGAACUGGACAGACAAGAACUGACUUACCAAGAUUUGCUCAGAGUGAGUUGCCAUGAAUUGGGCAUUAAUCCUGAACAAGUGGAAAAGGUUAGAAAGCUACCGAAUACACUGAUAAGAAAGGUAAGGACCAUCAUUUUCCUUCAAGUAUUCCUAUGUUGACACUCUUACCAGUGAUGUUAGAAUAAAUCUGUGUCCAAAACAGAACAUGGUCAAUUUUAAAAGUAGCCUGAGAUAAUGCUUUGUACAGGCAACUAUCUGCUAGUUUCUUCCGGUAAUUUUAGGCAGCAGGCAGUCUCUAGCAUAGGUGUUCUUUGACCCUUAGUGACUAAAUUUGCCUCUUCUCCUUCCCAGUUCUUCGGCCUUAGGGCAAAGUAGCUGCUAAGCAGAGAUAAGCAACUGAUGGAGAAAGGCAGCCGGUGGCUCCUGCAAUCCUGUGGGUGUAGCUGAACCUCUCUCCAAGUCACUCUGCCUUUGGGUAUGGGAGCCUUCAGAAUUUUUAACAUGCAGAGCCAGCCUGCUCUCAUGGAGUGAACAGAAUGCAGAGUUUGGCUCUAAUAACAUAUGCAAUUUACAGAACCUUAAUGCAGUUUCUUGCUGGACUGUAUGUACCACUUAAAAGAGGAGGUGGGAGAAUCUUUGUUUCUUGGUUGUACAGAUAAUGUGUUGCACAUAAAAUCUAGCAUAAACAAGAUAAAGUAUAAUACUUGCAGCAUGUCUUUUAAAUGGUCAAAGUACUUAGCAUAUUCAGUCAUUUAUCCAGUGGCUGAGUACCCCGAUAUCGAGUUUUAGGUGACUACUUGAAGAAUAAUGGGUGCUUCUUUUUAAUUAGGGCUGUGCACACCUCCCCCUCAUCUGAUCUGGCGCUAGAUCAGCUGCAGGUUGUUCUGGGGCUGACCUGAUCCAGAACCAGGCCCUAGAUUAUGGAGCCAGCCCCAAUGUUUAAUUAGGGUUCUAAGAAGAUGCUGUCUUCAGUCCUGCUGGGUGCUGCUUUGCCAGCACAUUCUCAGUGCUGGUGUAGUUGACCCUGCAGAGGCUUUUACUCCGCCUUUUGUACAACAGAACUUCCUCUUUUCUCACCAUGCUCCUGAAAAUCUGCUCUGGAGGGUUAGGAGAACCCGCAAAGCAGAUUUUGGGGUGCAUGGGGGAAGAGAGGGGUAGUUUCAUUGUGCAAGUAGAAUCCCUGUGCCAAUGGGACAACUUUGUUGGAUACAGCCAAACAUUUUUAGAUUUACAAGGGGUUGUAUCCAGAAUGUCUCUUUUAUGUAACACUACUCCUGCUGAAGUAGUGCUGUUUGCUGGUUUCCAGUUUCUGAUCCCUAUCCUGCUUUGCCCCUUACACUGCUUGUUGGAGUUUCCAACUUUCCAUAGAAUCAUAGUUGGAAGGUACCCCAAGGAUCAUCUAGUCCAACCUCCUGCAAUGCAGGAAUACACAGCUGUCCCAUAGGGUGUUAUCAGCACCAUGCUCUAACCAACUGAGCUACACAGAGUGAUAAGACACUUUACAGUGGGCUGUAGAGGAACCAGCAAGAUUUGGCUCUCUCCACCUUCCUCAAGCACAUUCAGAAAAAUGCUAGAUCCAAGCAAAAAUGUUUAUAGAUAUACCAGAUAAAAGCUGGUAUAUCUUCCCACAUAUGGUAAUGACUAAGUGGUCAUGCUGUGGCUAUUACUCUAGCAACCCACCAUAGUAAUGCAGUUCUGUGAAUGAAGUGAGUUAGCAUUAUAAAUGUACAUUUGUUGGAAUGACUUCCUACUCAACAACUUGGCACAAGGAAUAUUAUUUCAUAAUGGAGACACUUAAAAGUAGUUCUUUACAUGUAUUUGAUCUGGUUAUCUCAAUACAUCUUAUCACCCUGCUUUGUUAAACUGAUUUUAUAAAGUUACUGCAACUCAUCAGUUAAUGAUAUUUGUGUCUUUCAUUCAAGGAUAAAGAUGUUGCCAGGCUUCAGGAUUUUCAAGAGCUAGAGCUGGUUUUGGUGAGAAGCAUCAGUUCUCCUUUCAGAAAUGCUUCAGCAACACUAAUGGAAAGACCCUGCUAUAACACUAAAGCAGCAAAGUUGACAUACUGAAGUUUAAGACUUCCAGGAAGUUGGUAUCUAAAAACCUUAUACUCGUUAAAAUUAAACCAAGAUGUGUUUACUAUUCAAUAUUUUUAUAUGCAGCAUUUUUCUUAACUUUGGUUAAUAUUUCUUGAGUGGUGCUAUCUCAAAGAUGGCUCUUGGAUUGCUCAAGCACUUCAGCAGUCUCAUGUGUAGCCCAUACAAUGAACAAGCACAAGUGGAAAACUGUUUUGUGGGGGAAACUAAUCACAAUUGUUCCCUCAGUCAACUGGUGUCUGGCACCUAAUGAUAUGUAUUGAGUUAAUAUAUUUUAUACAUUGUUGUCAGGCCAACAUUGCUACAGAAAAACUAGUGUUGUCGUCUGGUCUUUUUUAAAAAAUACAUAAAAAGUACUGCUAGGUACCUUCUCUGUGUAACAGUAAGAGAGACAAAUGAACUGAGGAGUAAGUAAAAGUUCUGUUUUCUUGUCCUAUGCUCUUUAUGAUAGAAUGCUGUAAAAACGGAAUUGUUUUGAGAAGAUAAACAAUGGAGAAACAGGUUUAAACAAGUGUUUCCUGUUACCAGCUUUUGUUCUAGAAUAUUGCUUGUUGCAUAGUUAGGUUAGUUUGAGAGAUGAUAUAGCAAUGCUGGUAACUAAGCAAAUCUAUGCAUUUAGAAAACUAUUUUUGUAGUUUUAUAUAAAAAGGUAUGUAAUGCAAACCAAACCAACAUAAAAUGAUGUAUUUAUGUGAUGCUUUAUCCUGUGAACCUAAGAACAAUUUUCAAUGGCAGCUUUAUUUUUGCACUAUCAACUUGUAACAGGGUAGCCAAGAGUUUUAAAGUGGUUGUUAAUUAAAAUUUUGCUUUAGGCCUUGCGGCACCAGCUCAUAAUUCACCUGUCAUGAAGCUGUGUGCAUUUGCCAACAUGUUUUCUAACAGUUGAUGUAGGCCCUCAUCUACUGAAGGUUGACUGGAUUACAUAGAGAAAUACCGUGACAAGGUUAUUAGUUUCCUUUUGUCUGGUUCCUAUGGCUGACAAUGCGUUCUACAUGCUUUCCUGUAUACAAGUGGGGGGUUACAUAAAAUGCGUGGCGUAUCGGAUCAUAUGGUCUUCUGUUCCUAUUCUUGCUUCUAACCUGAUACUUUGCUUCUCUCAAAUAUUAUGCACGUCUGCCUUUG